AUGAAAGGAAGCAGAAGAAUUGCAAGCAGAGAAGAAACCGCCUUAGCGGGUAUCAUCAUUUACGCAGAUCUCAAGAGCGAACAAAAUUUUUUAAGGGGUGAAAUUUGGGCUUUAACAAAGAGUGAAGUUUGUGUAUGUUGUUAUUCAAUUAAACCUUAUGGACGCUUGAAUUCACUUACAAGAUUACUCAACAACAGAACAUCAUCGAAAUAA